AUGGCCUCAAGCACUUCUACCAGGCCCGGCCAAAAUGUUUUUAGGCCCAUUUAUAAAAGAAACCAAGAAAGACCUCCCGACAUUGUAAGCUACUUCACAGUGGCUCCAGCCACAACUGUAGAUGCAAACUUCUUCACAUUCACUCGCAUGCGUGCUCUUGUUGGAGGAGCCCCUCCCUCAACGUUCAAGGUAUUGAAGGCAACCUUGGCAGAGUUUUCAGCUCUCAAUGGCCAGUGUCUCUUAUACCGUCCUUCAAUUCCCAUCUGGCACUACGAACCUCCACACACUCAUCCUCGCUCCGCUGAGCUCCUCUUCCUAGUCGAUGGUACCCUUGGAGUCGGGUUUGUUGACACGAAAAACCACCUCUUUACGCAGACACUUCAAGCUGGGGAUCUAUUUGUGUUCCCCAAGGGAAGUGCACUACCAGCACAAUGCUAA